AUAAACAAAAUCUAUUGAGCAGCGAUGCGGAGUGGGAUGUGUGUCCAGGUAUGGGACAAGUGUCGAGCUGGUGUGUGACCAUGAGAGCAGAAUAAGGAGGAGCUGACCUGUGCUGCUGUUCUUUCAGGUGCCACUCCACCCUGGCCCAGAGCCUGCCCACAGCGGAGGUCCCAGUGGAUCGGCCCUUCUGGGGCCUUGACGACACCGCUAUGCCACUGCCCUUUGACCUGGCUGACAUCAUCAACAGGGUGGAGUCCCUCCUCUGGAGGAUGUGAACGACGGCACAGCGUGGAAGAAGAGAGAGAAAGAGAGAGAGAGAGAGAGAGAGAGAGAGAGAGAGAGACAUAGGAGGAGAGUCUUCACAUCUUGUGAAAUGCACCAUACCACCAGGGAGAAGACGCACCUGCUCCAUGUUCAUGUCCUCCGUUUUGGUGGCACAGCUUCAGCCCUCGACCCCACCCAGGACCCCACCCAGCACCCCACCCAGCACCCCACCCAGGACCCCACCCAGGACCCCACCCAGGACCCCACCCAGGACCCCACCCAGCACCCCACCCAGGACCCCACCCAGGACCCCACCCAGCACCCCACCCAGGACCCCACCCAGGACCCCACCCAGGACCCCACCCAGCACCCCACCCAGGACCCCACCCAGCACCCCACCCAGGACCCCACCCAGGACCCCACCCAGGACCCCACCCAGGACCCCACCCAGCACCCCACCCAGCACCCCACCCAGGACCCCACCCAGGACCCCACCCAGCACCCCACCCAGCACCCCACCCAGGACCCCACCCAGGACCCCACCCAGGACCCCACCCAGCACCCCACACAUGCCCCGAUAGCACCCCACCCAGGACCCCACCCAGGACCCCACCAAGCACCCCAGACAUGCCCCGAUAGCACCCCACCCAGCACCCCACCCAGGACCCCACACAUGCCCCGAUAGCACCCCACCCAGGACCCCACCCAGGACCCCACCAAGCACCCCAGACAUGCCCCGAUAGCACCCCACCCAGGACCCAACCCAGGGCCCCACCCAGGACCCCACACAUGCCCCGAUAGCACCCCACCCAGCACCCCACCCAGGACCCCACACAUGCCCCGAUAGCACCCCACCCAGCACCCAACCCAGGGCCCCACCCACCCCACGGAUGGGGUGGGAAAGACCCUGAAUAGUGCUUCACUAAUACGCUACCAGCUAGCACAGCUACUAGUUUUACAAAGGUCUAACAUAAAUGGAACCUACAUUCAGUAAGCAUUCAGUGUGUAGGUAUUUAUUAUUAUUUGAAGUGUCAUCACAUGUAUUAGCCAGCUUUGUGUAUGAAACAACUCACCGUAUAGUCAUAGUACAUGCUUUCUGACUCUUAACCCAGUGUGAUGCUUUUGUAUGGUGGAGGUCCAUCACUUGUACAGUAUAGCAGUCUUUACUUCACCUGUGCUACAUCAUGUAGGCCUAAGUGUUAAUCUCUCUGUUCAGAAAUGUAGGGAGCAUGAAAUGAAAUUACCAAAGAUUGUGUUAUUAAGGGAUGAAUAUAAUGGUGCUGAAAGUGUAUGUGUGAAUCUAAGUGUGUGGGCAUAUAAGUGUGUGCAUGUGCAUCCGUGUGUGUGUGUGUGUGUGUGUGUGUGUGUGUGUGUGUGUGCGCGCGCGUGUAUGUGUGUGUACGUGCGUGCGUGCGUGCACGUGUCUCAGUAUGACAGUGUGCCCACAGCAGUACUGGGAGAUGUUUUUGUGUUUGUCGGAGAAGAGAGGAGAGGAGCGCGUGUCGGGGUCUCCUCUGCUCCGAGAUGAUGAAAGAAAGUGCUGAUAGAAAAAAAAAUGAAAAAAAAGUGCUGCAUCCCAUAAUUACAGCUGUUCAAUCGCUUUUAAUUACUCUUAAAAUGUGUGAAGCACCAUUUUCUCUGUAACGCUCCAGGCCUUCCCAGACAUCCACAGCUACAGUCUCAAUCUGGUGGAAAAGUUGGAUGGUGGAAAAGCUCUCCAACCCCUCUUAUUGUUUCUUUUCUCUAUCUUGUUCACGAUGAAGUAGAAAAGCUGUAUAAAAUUAUUUUAAAAAGGCUAAAUGCACUUCCUUGUUUUGUUUUUUUGUGUGUUAUUUUUUAUUUUUUUACACAAUGUUACUGGUUGCCAAAUGUUGUUCUCUUGCUCAUUUCGCCGUAUCUUUUGUAUGUUGUCCAGGAAGAUUGUUUGUGGAAUGGCACUUUUGUUGAGUUGAACCACUCUGUGCUUGCUUCUCCCCUGCUUGUCUAUCUGAAGCAAUAGUAAAGGCAGUAAAAUAAAAGUAAAGGCAGUGAAAUAAAACCAGAAAAUGUU